AUGAGUAUGAUCAGGAAGCCCCCCAGCGCCUACGGCGGAGGAUACAGUGAUGCGCUCAGAGAGCAGAUCAACAACGUUGCCCUCCCGGAGAAAGUCAAAUGUUUCAGCUGCAAGAAGCUCCGUCAGCCGAACGCCUACUCCAAGCGUCAGCAGGAGAUCAUUCGCCAUGCCGUCGUGCUUCAGGGCAAACGGGCCGCUAACUUUACUUGCGAGGCACGGUGCCGUACUUGUAUCGGUGGAUCCGUCGUCGAGCUCAAAUGCUCUAUCUGUGACAAGACCAAGACUUUGGAGCACUUCGCGAAGAAUCAGCGCGGCGAUCGUGAUACUGCUAGAUGCCUGAACUGUGUCCAGAGCGCCUUGGACGUGGAGCCGCUGCCGGGAAGACAGAGACAGUUUCCGGACACUGCCACGGCAACAAUUGCGGGCGCUGCAACUAGCCAGGCCGAAGUCACUGCAUUGACUGAAUCCGCCGAGAAGCUGAACGUGGGUGAAAACCGCCCCGUCCCGUACGGUUCCAUCGAUAACGGCGCCAAUGAGGUCAACGCUGGCAAUGAGGACUGGAGCGAGUCCCGCCGCAAGGAAGAAACUGCCCUGGCCACCACCAAGCAGGAUCGCCAGUACGUCGGAUACAGUGCUGACGGUCGGCCCUACCCAGUCACCACUCUGGACAAGAAACCCGUGACCCGUUACGAAGACUACUUCAACAACGCGCCUGGAACAGUUGAGUCCACUAGGGGCAAUGCCAAAUGGCCAAGGGUUCCUGGCAGACGCAUUCCCAAGGGCAAGGAGCCUUCCAUGCGUGUUCCCGAGCCUGUCGGCGAGGACAUUCCCUCUGAUGAGAAUACGGACGAGGAAGAGCUUCAGAACUUCCUGUAA